UAGCUCUUACUUAACCGUCUAACUCUGCGGCAACAUAUUUAACGUUAUUGCAAAACACAAAUAUUCCGUUUAAAGAUGUUUUACUGGAUUUGCCGUAAAGAGGCAAACACAAACAAGGCAUUUUCUUUCAUCUAGCAUCAGGGACCUUUUGCAAUUAUGGAGGCCUAAAUGGUGAAUAGAUUUGGGGGGAAGGAGUCUUUCCCCUCAAAGUUGGUGGACUAUUUGAAUGGACUAUAAAGAACCGAAGGAUUUGCCUUUUGUAAAAUACAACACGCAUUAGAAGUUAACUUAUUUUUGAGUCAACUGGAAUAUAUUUAUAAGAUUUUGUACAGAAUUUUAGUUUUUUUGUAUUUUCUUUAAUACUGAUGAUAGUUCCAAAUGUGUUGUGGAAUGCGUGGCUGAUAUGGUGGACUGAGAUGAGCUAGAUCUUCAGUCUGGGGUCGCUAGGGUGCCGUGGAACCUCAACACAAGCACAAUUCUAGCGCCCCAAAUCCACCAAUCCAUAACGCAUUCAAUUUUUUUUUUUUUUAUUGUUUCUAUUAUUUUAAAUUUCUUUCCAUUGUAGUCGUUUUGAGAAAAUAAAUGCUUGGUAAGUCUGAGAAAUUUAAACAUUAAGCAAAUAUUGUGAGGGGUUUGGGUUAUAUUUUGGGUUCUAGUUUAGUGGGAAGCAAAAAUGAAUCUGGGGACUCCAGACUGCACACCGAAGUGCCGUUCUGAAAGGCACGCGGAUGAAGUGAUCUCCGCUUUGACCAGCGGUUCAGAGGCCUGUCUGCGGGCCUUCCUGUCUCUCCACUGUCACAAUUCGGCUACUCUGCGGGAUGAGUUCGGACGCACAGCUCUCCACCUUGCAGCCUCCAUGGGAAAGCGGGAACUGCUUCAGUGGCUUUUGGACUGUAAACAUGCUGACCUGUUGGCGAAGGACAAGGAGUCUGGCUGGACUGCACUGCAUCGCAGCGCAUUCUACGGGCAAAUUCACUGCCUCAUAACACUCAUCAAGCGUGGAGGAUCGCUGUCCAUGCAGGAUAAGGAGGGUCUUUCUGCCCUGGACCUGACCAUGAAGGACCGUCCAGCGCAUGUUGUGUAUCGAAACACUGACCCUACUGAGGUGUACACUUGGGGGAACAACACCAAUUUCAGCUUGGGACAUGGAAACCAGGAGAGCAGACAACAUCCUGAGAUCGUGGAUCUGUUUUCAAGAUCUGGAAUCUAUGUGAAGCAGGUGGUGCUGUGUAAGUUCCACUCUGUCUUCCUGUCCCAGAAGGGUCAAGUGUACACAUGUGGACAUGGACAGGGUGGGCGACUCGGACAUGGUGACGAAAACACUUAUCUGGUUCCUCGGAUGGUGGAGGGGCUUCUGUCUCAUCAUUGUUCACAGAUUGCAGCGGCGCGAGAUCACACUGUGGUUCUGACUGAGGAAGGGUACGUCUACACUUUUGGGCUUAACGCCCACCAUCAGCUGGGUCUCGGACCUCCUCCUACUUCCAGCCCAGUUCCCAAACAGGUCACAUCAAAGUCCUUGAAAGGGAGGUCUGUGAUCGGUGUUGCAGCCGGCAGGUUCCACACUGUUCUUUGGACCAGAGAUGCUGUAUAUACUGUAGGAUUGAAUGGUGGCCAACUUGGUUACCUGCUGGAGCCCAACGGAGAGAAGUGCGUGACCGUUCCCCGACAGGUGUCCGCUCUGCUCCACAAGGAUGUGACCAUCUCUAUGGUGGCGGCCAGCAAUGGAGCCACUGUCUGCGUGACUGAUAAGGGAGACGUGUACCUGCUGGCAGAUUAUCAGUGCAAGAAGCUGGCAUCAAAACAGCUCAACCUGAAGAAAAUUCUAGUCAGCGGUGGUAGUUUGGAUCAUCGUACUGACCCUCAGCUUCUGCAUGAUAGUGGAGGAGAGAAGCUGGUGAUUCUGGCUCUGGAUGAAACUGGAAGAGUGUUUUCCUGGCGCUCUGUGGGCACAUCAGCAAGGCUGUGUCGCUGGGCGUAUGGGCGCCAGGUCUUCGUAUCAGACAUCGCUCUCAGUAAAAACAGCAUGAUGUUUGUCACUCAGGAUGGCGAGGGCUUUAGUGGACAGUGGCAUGGCCAAUACAAGAAAGCUGGAGACAAAAAAGAUGGUUUGGAGGUGUCCGGUAACUCUGACGGAGGGAGUGUUUUUGAACGAAUCCGCCUGGAGAAGCUUCAUUACGUCCAUCGAGCCGUCAGCAUCAUCAUGGAUUCUAAUGGACGCAAUUUUGGAGUUUUACAAGCGGAUCCCAAGACCAGCCUGUAUGAAGUACCCUCGAUCUCUGCGUCCUCCUUCUCCCAGCACCUCCAGCGUCUCCUGGCCGAAGCUGAUGAGACCGACAACAUCCACGACAUCACCCUUCAGGCUGGCGAUCGCACCUUUCCUGCUCACAAAUACAUCCUGUCUGUGCGCUCCGACUUCUUCCGGAAGAUUCUGUUGCCAGAGGCCGAGAGAGAGGGUGAUGGAGAAGUAAGGCGGGGGGAGGACGCGGUGGGCUGCGACCUGCUGGUGCUGGAGAAGAUUCCCCCGGAGCUGCUGGAGCAGGCGCUGAACUUCAUCUAUACUGACUCCUGUGAUAUGUUGGUGGACGGGGCCUGUCCCAUCAUGCCUCAGUGCAACCGGAGCUCCAAGCCGGAGCCGGAGGCAGUGCUAGAGCCAGAGUCAGAGCGGCUCAUCCACAAUCUGCAGGCUCUUGGUCUGGAGAAACGAUCCGCUCUGGAUGUCUACCGCUCUCUUCCAGUGCAGAUGCGAGAGGAAGCAGAAAAACCGAAAACAGCAGGCAAAAACAACAAAUCUGGGAAAAAAGUCAAAAAUGUUGCUGAAAAUGGACAAAACCCUGUGAAGAUGCUGCAGGCAGUCGCCAAAAAACUGGGCUUAGGGAGUCUGUCAGCACGGCUGGAUGGUGUGAAGUUUGAGAAUGGGAAGAUCAGUGUGGGCUUACAGAAGAAAAGGGGCAACAAGCCUCGGUUCACCCUGAAGAAGGGCUCGCAUCUCUGCGACGUUUCGCUGCGCUCUGUGGACGGAAAAGAGUUCCCCUGCCACAAGUGUAUCCUCUGUGCUCGACUGGAGUAUUUCAACAGUAUGCUGGGCAGCUCCUGGAUGGAGGCCACCAGCUGCUCUGCGCUCAGUCUGCCCAUCAGCUCUGAGGUCCUGCAGGUGAUCCUGGAGUACAUCUACACCGACGAGUCUCACACCGUCAGAGAUGCUGUGAAUAUGGAGUUUGUGUGUAAUGUGCUGGUGGUGGCCGAUCAGCUGCUCAUCACAAGGCUGAAGGAGAUCUGUGAAGUCGUCAUCGCUGAGAAAUUGACGCUGAAGAACGCUGCAGAGCUGCUGGAGUUUUCCACCAUCUACAACGCAGAGCAGCUCAAACUGUCCUGUCUGCAGUUCAUCGUCCUCAACAUGGCGGCGCUCCUGGAAUCAAAAGCGCUGGAGAUCCUGAGCGAUGAUGUCCUCGUGGAUGUAGCGGCUGCGUACAGGAGAACGAUCCCAGCCAUGCAGAGACGGCUAAUCACGCCGUAUGCCGACGCUCCGGAUCUCAGCGCCUAUGAAGACCAAGAGUGGGACUCCGCUGUGGACUGUAAAAGCACAUCUGAAGCCGAUCACUCCAGUGAGAGUCUGCUGAAGAAGGCCAAGAUGAGGGCUAAGAAGAAACCGCGGCGCCGCUCCGACAGCUCUGGUGGAUACAACCUGUCUGACAUCAUCCAGAGCUCUCCUAAUGAUGUCAUCCAGAGCCCUCCUAAUGAUGUCACUCAGAGCCCGCCCACUCCAGGUUUGGGUAAUUCAGUGAAGGCCAGCUCGGUAGACUCUCUGCAGGAGCUCAUCAUGUCUGACUCUGAGGGCAGUUAUAUGGCUGUGGGGAGUCCUCGAGACCUGCAGUCUCCCGUCUUUCAGCAGGAUGAGAGACGUGGACCGGCUGGACUGAAGACUCCUCCGGGAACCCCUGUUUUGAAAAACGGCCCUGUGCCUGUCCGGUCUUCCACUCCUGAACACAUCCCUAUGGUCAAAGCCAGACCAGCUCCUGUCCUGGACCUCAGGGCCAUCAUGGAGAUGGAGGCAAACUCUCUGAAUCUGGGCGCCACACCUAAAGCCAUCAGCGGAUCGAGCAGCAGCAGCAAGGUCUCCAUCAUUCCCAGUAAGCUGUCCCAGAAGCAGAGAAAGAUGUUGGCUCAGGCGUCCAAAGAGGGUAGCACUGAGAGCGCCUCUGCCAAAUCACCACCGCCUGCUGCGCCGGUCAAACCUGUGAAAACCUGGUCAACAGCGGUCCAGCCUCCACUCUCCUCCUGCUCCUUCCGAGAUCUUUUAGCAGAGGAGGAACGGCGUGGAAAAGCGUCCCCUGUUUCUCCAGUGGCUGCAGGACCAGCAUUGCCAUGUGCCAAAAGAGUGACGUUCAAAUGUGCUGAGAAUAGUGACCCGGAAAAACCAGCAGGCCCCUGGGUGCUGCGAGCAGCUGGAAGUCCGCCGACCACGUCCACAUUCGCCUCUAUUGUGGAGGAGGAGCGACAGCAGGAAGCAGCUCUGAUCCGCAGCCGAGACAAACCACUCGCACUCAUACAGAUUGAAGAACGAGCCGUUCAGGAUCUGUUACUCCAUUACAACGCGUUUAACAACCCCGAUGAGCUGAUACUGGUGGAGAGGUCAGAUCAAGGCCCAGUCGCCACCCCGACCUGGAACAAACACUAAACCAUCACAGUAACCAUCACACUUACACUUAUGGGUUUCAGCAGUAUUCUUCUGUGUCAGUCUGAGUUCUGUUUCCUCACAUGAUUCUGCUUUAGCCACACUCGUUUACUUCUACUGCUUUAACUCUGCUGUUUCCUCAUGAGAAUAUGAAAGAGAAACCCUGAAGGGUCGCCACAUGUGCCAAAAUAUGUUUGCUGGAUCAUUUCUCUCUUUAUUUGUUUAUAAUCCGGUGGUUUAAUGAUCUGCAUCUCACAGGUAGAGUGUGUUUGUUUUAGCAGAUCUGACACACAUAUCGCUAAGAAUCAGGGUUAAUUUUGUCAACAAAUACAAGGUGAAAAAACGUUCGCCUUUAGCUUAACACAUACAGUCCUUUAGAGUAGAAGCUAUCACCAAUCUGCUUAUUUAAUGAAUAAACAAUGUUAUUGCUAACAAAGACAAGAAUAAAAUGUAUUAAAAACUAAAUAUGUUGCCUUAUAAUUUCCUGCAUUGCAUUGUUCGUUUAUUUAAUAAACAGGUCGGAGUGCAACAGACUUGUCAAUAUUCUCUGUCAAGCCAUUUUUGUUGACGAAAUUAUCUCUGCUGUGAAAGUUUGUGACUAGAUAGAAAAAAAAAAUGUAAUCAGCCACACAGCUCAAUAGACUUUUAUUAGGGGCUGGUUUAAAAGAAAGUCACGUGCAACAACAACGACAAAAGAGAGAUUUACACGGAUGCA